AUGGCAUUGCCUCAACACAUGCACAAGCUUCUUCCAUCUCUUGCUAAUUUAAGAAUCUCCCACUGUCAAGAAAUAAAGUUAUUUCCUCAAGAAGGAUUGCCAUCUAAUCUAAAAGAGCUUCAUCUCUGCAGUUGCAGCCAACUGAUGGCACAGCACAAGCACUGGGGUCUGCAAGGACUAAACUCUCUCAACAAACUAAGCAUUUGUGGAUAUGAUGAUGAUGAUGUAGUGUUUGAUUCAUUUCUAGAGGGGUUGCUUCCCAUCUCUUUAACUGAAUUGUCACUGAAUUAUAUUCCAAACUUACGAAAACUAAAUGACAAUGCCUUUCAACACGUCGCAUCUCUUCAUAAGUUGUCGCUGCAAAGUUGCAUGAAUCUGCAAGUUUUGCCAGAACAAGUGGUCAUGAGCACUUCUCUACGCACUUUGUUCAUCGAUAGAUGUCCUAUUCUUGAAAAUAGGUACCGACCGAGGAGAGGGGAGAGCUGGCAUAAGAUUUCUCACAUUCCUGACAUAUCCAUUGGUCACUGGUCAAGAAGACUAAACUAG